UACACCGCGUGAUUGGAUUGUGUGAUAAACAUAAACAUUUGGUCUAUAAUCCGCAUUUAGCACCUCAGCUCAUAAACUUACUCCCGAGGAAACAGAAGAAAACGAUGACCGAAACUAAAUCGUUUAGCGUAGAUGCCGUUUGGAGUGAUUUAGCAAACAUUAAAGCCGACCCACCGAAAAUGCGGAACAUCUGCGAGCAAUGCGGAAGACCGGUGCCGGUUUGUUGGUGCUCUUCCCUUCCCGCUAACCCGAUGAAUCCCACAAGUCGAAUAGUACUGCUUCAACAUCCGGCAGAAGAAAAACGUAGCCUACGGACGGCACCGAUGCUGUCACUCGGAUUGGCUGCCGGGAAAUGUCUGAUCUAUAAAGGCAAAAAGUUCCCUAAAUUCGACGCCGAGUUGGAAUCGAUUCUGACCGACAAGAAAUCUCUCUUGCUUUUCCCUAGUGCGGCAUCGAUUCCUAUCGAACAGCUCGAUCACAGCGAUGGACCCUUCAAUUUAGUGCUGAUCGAUGGCACUUGGCCACAGGCCAAAGCAAUCUACACCAGCUCGACGCUUUUGCACGGGAUGCGUCAGGUCAAACUGGUUAGUAGCGGCAAUAGUAACUACCUGAUCCGAACCCAGCCGACCGACGGUUGCCUUAGCACGCUGGAAACGGCCAUCGAAGCACUAAGCAUCCUGGAACGGGACGAUUCGUACCGGGAACAGCUGUUGCGACCACUGAACAUGCUGUGUCAGUUCCAGCUUGACAACGGUGCUGUGACACACCAGUCCAAAGAGUUCCUCAUCAAGCACAACCAAUACCCGAAACUGAUCGGGCGAAGACUAAACAAACUACUCCGAAACGCGGACAAUUUGAAGGAAACGAAAAAUCCUAACGGACACAGGGACGAAGAAAGACAUUAAUGUUACGUUUUAAGUUUUUAUUGUUUAUUAUCUCUU